ACCACAACGGUUUCAGCUGAGCUCCUGAACUAUAAAAGGAGAUUUAGCAGCAGUUGUGGAAACAUUCGCUCCAGCAGAGAGUCCAUCAUGAGGUCUCUGGUGUUUCUGCUCUUGGUAACUUUGGCCAGCGCUAAAGUCUACCAGCGUUGUGAAUGGGCCCGAAUCCUGAAGAAUCAUGGAAUGGACGGCUACUAUGGUCACAGCCUGGCAAACUGGGUUUGUCUGUCCAAGUGGGAGUCAGACUACAACACCAGAGCCAUCAACCACAACACUGAUGGAUCCACUGACUAUGGCAUCUUCCAGAUCAACAGCCGCUGGUGGUGCAAUAAUGGCACCCCUACAUCAAAUGCAUGCCACAUCCAGUGCAGCCAGCUUCUGACUGAUGAUGUCAGCGUGGCGAUCAACUGUGCCAAACGUGUCGUUCGGGAUCCCAACGGCAUCGGAGCCUGGGUGGCCUGGCGGCGUCACUGCGAGAACCGUGACCUGAGCUCCUAUGUGGCAGGAUGUGGCCUUUAAUCAACACAACAGGACAGUGUCAUCAGCAUAAAAAAAUUCUUCCAGCUUCAGCUGAAGGGGAUUAAAAGGUUUCUGCUGUAACACGCAGUUACUAAAACAGAUUAUUCUCAAAUCAAGUGAAAUCAGAUCUUUACUUUCAAUGUAUUUAGUUUAUACUUCACUUGAUUUAAUAGAUGUAGUGAGUGAACAGAAAUGUGCUGAUUUCAACUUGAAUCUGAUGUCAUUGUGCUCUUUUCAAAACCUGAUUAAAAUGUUGAUUCUGUGUUCAAACUAUGAA